CAGCUUCCUGUGUCAGUGUGAGGUCAGAGGUCAGAGGUCACAUGUUGUCUGAUAGAAGAUGACAGGUCAUGACUGUGGGCGGAGCGAUCCACAGGGGUCAGAGGUCAGCCGGCAGCGCGAGGACCAGAACCAGAUCAGACGAGUGAUGCAGCCUUUGUUUACAUCAUGAGGCCCCGCCUCCUGCUCGUGCUCAGGGCAGUCCAGCCCUCUGAUUGGCUGAGGACAGUCGAGCCCUCUGAUUGGCUGAGGACAGACGAGCCCUCUGAUUGGCUGAGGACAGUCGAGCCCUCUGAUUGGCUGAGGCCAUGUGAGUGUGUGAGCAUCAGGAGGCAGCAAACGUGACCUCUGCACAUGCUCAGUAAGAGCUCUGCUGCUGCUCACACACACACACACACACACACACUCUCUGAUUGGCUCAUUUAACCAUCAGAGGAAAGGUGUAUCACCCUGUACGUAACCAUGGCAACCAGCCCAUGCUCGAGGCUCAGUGAUUGGAGGAGAGCCGCUCUUCUUCAUGAAUAUUAAUGAGGAAUCGAUCAGACUCUGUGUGACGAGAUUUACUCGAGUACUUCCAGAUUUAGUUACUUCACAUGUGACAGAAAACGUCAGAAAGUACUUUACUCUAAGUACUUAUACCUGAAUAAUUACUUCCUGCGUGUGUGUGUGUGUGUGUGUGUCAGGAUGCAUUGUGUGUGUGUGAGAACAGAUCACCUGGUUGCCAUGGUGAAGUGCUGGAGGAGGGCGGAGCGAAAGACACAAACAGGAAGAAGAAAACAGGUGGACAGAAUGACAGGUGUGGUCACCCGGUGGACAGUGCAGGUCUCUUCUCCUUCAUGACGUUUCAUUGGCUGACUCCUCUGGCCGUACAUGCUCGGGGGAAAGGACAGCUCCUAUUGGACGACAUCUGGCCCGUGUCACCAUGGGAGAGUUGCCAUGCCAACAGCCUGAGGCUGGCGUCUCUGUGGGAGGAGGAGCAGAGGUCAAAGGGCAGCGACGCCUCCUUGUGUUCGGUGGUCUGGUCUUUCUGUCGGACUCGACUCCUUCUCUCCAUUCUCUGCCUGACCGUCACUCAGCUGGCAGGGUUCAGUGGACCGGCCUUCGUGGUGAAGCGUCUCUUGGAGUACACUGAGCAGGAGGAGGCCGACCUGGGCUACGGGCUGCUGCUGGUUCUGGGUCUGCUGACCACAGAGCUGGUCCGGUCCUGGUCUCUGGCUCUGACCUGGGCCCUGAACUACAGGACGGGAUCCAGACUGAGAGGAGCCGUCCUCAGCCUCGCCUUCCGCAAGAUCCUGAAGCUCCGCAGCAUCCGGGACAAGUCCAUGGGACAGUUGGUCAACAUGUGUUCCAGUGACGGACAGAGGAUGUUCGAGGCCGCAGCAGUGGGCAGUCUGUUAGCAGGGGGCCCCCUGGUGGCCGUCCUCGGCGUCGCCUACAAUCUGUUCAUUCUGGGACCGACGUCUUUGCUGGGCUCAGCCGUCUUCAUCCUCUUCUACCCGACCAUGAUGUUCAGCUCGAGGCUGACGGCGUUCUUCAGGCGGAGGGGCGUGGCCGUCACCGACCGACGGGUCCAGAAGAUGAACGAGAUCCUGAACUCCAUCAAGUUUAUCAAGAUGAACGCGUGGGUCAAAGCCUUCGCCAACGACGUCCACAGGAUCCGGGACGAGGAGCGGAGGAUCCUGGAGCUGACGGGUUACUGUCAGAGCGUCACCGUGGGCGUGGCUCCUGUUGUCGUCGUCAUUGCCAGCGUGGCAACAUUCUCCGCCCACAUAUUGCUCGGAUACGACCUGACAGCAGCUCAGGCCUUCACUGUGGUGACGGUGUUCAACGCCAUGACCUUCGCCCUGAAGGUCACACCGUUCUCUGUCAAAUCUCUGUCGGAGGCAUCGGUGGCUGUGGACCGGUUCAAGAGUCUCUUCUUGUUGCCGGAGGUCGACAACAUCCGUGCAUUGCCUGGCGACCCUGAGGUCGCCGUGGAGAUGUGUGGCGCCAGUCUUGCGUGGGAGGGGGGCGGACAGAGCGCUCAGCCCAGUCCACGAGUCCGAACAUCCACCAGACAGCAACAGAGAGACAAGGCUAUGGCUUGUUGCAGAGUCCUUCAGGAGGACCAGGGGACCGGAUCCUUGCUGCCGGGACAAGGAGAGGUGGCCUUGAGUCAAGAGGAGGAAGAGGGCGAGGACGAGGCCUGUCCUCCCCUUCUGUCUGUCCCCCCUCUGUCCCAACGACUUCAGAGUACCCUGCACCUCAUCAACCUGAAGGUCCAACAGGGGAAGCUGCUCGGCGUCUGUGGAAGUGUCGGUUGUGGAAAAACUUCUCUGAUCUCGGCCAUCUUGGGACAGAUGACUCUGUUGGACGGCAGUGUGGCCGUCAGAGGAAGACUCGCCUACGUAGCUCAACAGGCCUGGAUCCUGAACGCAACACUGAGAGACAACAUCCUGUUUGGACAAGAGUACGAGGAGGACAGGUAUCAGUCUGUCCUCAGCGCCUGCUGUCUCAGACCGGACGUCUCCCUGCUGCCCAGCGCUGACCUCACAGAGAUUGGCGAGCGCGGCGCUACCCUGAGUGGCGGUCAGCGUCAGCGAAUCAGCUUGGCCCGUGCUCUGUACAGCAGGCGGGACGUUUACGUCCUGGAUGACCCGCUCAGCGCCCUCGACACCCACGUGGCCAAUCACGUGUUCCGCAACGCCAUCAGGAAGCAGCUUCGCCACAAGACCGUCAUCUUCGUCACACACCAGCUGCAGUACCUGGUGGACUGUGAUGAUGUCAUCCUGAUGAGGGAGGGGUCUAUCGUGGAGCGUGGUAACCAUGACGACCUGAUGAGACUCAACAGAGACUACGCCUCCAUGUUUAACCACUUCCAGCUGGGAGACACGCCAUAUAUAGAGGCUCCCAGCAGCAGGUCUGGAGGUUCUCAGAGAAGGUCAGCUGAAGUUAAAUCAGGAUCAGUGAAGAAGAACAGACGGGUCAUCAAAGAGCACGGGGCGGAGCAGCCAUGUGGGGGCGUGGCCUGGCCCGUGUUCCGGCUCUACAUGGCGGCGUGCGGUGGCUCCGCCUCUUGCCUGCUCAUCCUGGUUCUGUUCAUCUUCAAUGUGGGAAGCUCCGCCUUCUGCCAGUGGUGGCUCAGCUACUGGAUCAACCAGGGCAGCGGGAACACUACGGUAACCCACGGCAACAGCUCGACUGUGAGCGCCAGCAUUAAGGACAAUCCCAUGAUGCAACACUACGCGGCAGUGUACGCCUCCUCCAUGUGUGUCAUGCUCCUCUUCAAACUCCUCAGGGGUGUCGCCUUUGUCAAGGGAACUCUUCGAGCCUCCUCAAAGCUCCAUGACAUGUUGUUCCACAAGAUCCUGCGCUGCCCUAUGAAGUUCUUUGACACAACGCCCACAGCACGAAUCCUCAACCGCUUCUCUAAAGACAUGGACGAAGUCGACACUCGGCUGCCCUUCCAGUUGGAGAUGUUAAUCCAGAACAUGAUCCUGGUCUUCUUCUGCCUCAGCGUCAUCAGCUGUGUUUUCCCAUGGUUCCUGGUGGCGGUGGGUCCUCUGGUGUUGCUGUUCGCAGCGCUCCACAGUGUCUCCAGGGUCUUCAUCCGGGAGCUGAAGCGCCUGGACAACGUAACGAUGUCCCCCUUCAUGUCCCACAUCACCUCCAGCAUCCACGGCCUGACAACGCUGCAGGCCUACGACCGGGAACACGACUUCCUCAACAGGUACCAGGUUCUGCUGGACCGGAACCAGGCUCCGUUCUACCUGUUCAGCUGUGCGAUGCGCUGGCUGGCGGUGCGUCUGGACAUCAUUAGCGUGGCUCUGAUCAGCCUCACAGCUCUGAUGAUGGUCCUGAUGCACGGGCAGAUCCCCCCUGCCUACGCCGGCCUCGCCAUCUCCUAUGCUGUCCAGUUAACAGGACUGUUCCAGUUCACCGUCCGUCUGGCCUCUGAGACUGAAGCCCGAUUCACCUCUGUGGAGAGGAUCCAUCACUACAUCCAGUCCCUGUCCCAGGAGGCCCCUGCCCGGGUCGAAGGUCGUGCCCCUCCAGCCGACUGGCCCCAGCAGGGGGAGCUGGUGUUCAGGGAGGUGGACAUGAGGUACCAGGAGAACCUCCCUCUGGUUCUCAACAAGAUCUCCUGCACCAUCCGGCCCAAAGAGAAGGUUGGGAUCGUUGGCAGGACCGGAUCAGGAAAGUCGUCUCUGGGCGUGGUCUUGUUCAGGUUGGUGGAGCGCUGUAGAGGCUCCAUCCUGAUCGACGGCAUCAACAUCAACGACAUCGGACUGGCCGACCUCCGCAGCAAGCUGUCGAUCAUACCACAGGACCCGGUCCUGUUCAGUGGGACCGUCAGGUCCAAUCUGGACCCCUUUAACCGGUACUACGAGGACCAGAUUUGGGAUGCUCUGGAGAGGAGUCACAUGAAGGAGUGUGUGUCCCAGCUGCCCCUGAAGCUCGACUCAGAGGUGGUGGAGAAUGGAGACAACUUCUCAGUGGGAGAGAGACAGCUGCUGUGUGUCGCCAGAGCUCUACUGAGACAGUGCAAGGUGCUGAUCCUUGAUGAAGCGACAGCAGCCAUAGAUGCAGAGACGGACGCCCUGAUCCAGGAGACCAUCCGGAGCUCGUUUCAGGAUUGCACCACCCUGACCAUUGCGCACCGCCUCCACACCGUCCUCGCCUCGGACCGCAUUAUGGUGCUCAACCAGGGACAGGUGGUGGAGUUUGACGAGCCGUCCAGACUGCUGGCCAAUGAGAACUCUCGGCUGUGCUCCAUGCUGGCUGCCGUGGAAACCAAGAUCUCUGUCCGAGGAUGAUGAAGAUGAAGGACAGUUUGUUUGAGGUCUGACUGAUCCGAAGGUGCUGUAUCUGUACUGUUAUUGACGAAUCGGCUGAUCUCUGAUCAGAUCACCAGGGUCAGGUGGUCACAUGUUCAUUCUGUGUGUGUAUGUGUGUGUGUGUGUGUGUGUGUGUGUGUGUGCGUGUUUGUGUGUGUGUGUGUGUGUGUGUGUUUCUAACAGCCUUACGUGAUGACAUCAUAACUGCCUUGUUAGAAAAUAAAGUUAUUUUCAAAUUAAAUGUUUUAUUUAAUUAUGUUUAUUUAUAAAGAACAAACUGUGAACAUCAUGGUUGUGAACUGAGCCUGGUUCUGGUGGUUCUGAUCCAGAACCACCAGAACCAGUUUGUCUGAUGGUUUAAUUAUUAAUGUGUUAAUAAAGUGAAUGAAUCUGUUUUUUCUGUGUCGGUGCUACUAAAUGUUUUCAUUAAA